CGAUUCAGUUCUUCUUCUUUGUUUUUCUAGUUGGACUUACAUUUGCUAUUGGAUAAUUUAAAAAUAUUAAAUUAAAACCAUGUCGCUGCUGCAAAAACUAAGUAAAUCCGGAAUCCAGGCAGCUACCUUAACCAGCAGACGUAGAAUGCCAGUGAUAACGCGACUAAUCAGCGGGGAAACGGAAAAACCAACGGAUGGAGCUACUCCCGUGGAGAAUACAGCGGACAUCACCGGUAGCAAGGGAGGAUUUGCCCGCGCCUUUGACAAGUACACGGCUCCUGCCACGCCCCCUCAGCCGGCGGAGGACAACCAGACAUUUGCCUCACUUCUCCGCAACUCCAAGUUGAUAGAUCUUGGUAACGCCGAAGGCAAGGUGGUCAGUGGAAAGAUCUUCCAUGUGGUGGGCGAUGAUCUCUACAUAGACUUUGGCUGGAAGUUCCACUGCGUCUGCAGUCGUCCAGCUCGGAACGCCAGCGACUAUGUAAGAGGAGCUCGUGUUCGUCUGCGCAUCAAGGACCUGGAGCUGUCCACCAAGUUCCUCGGCUCGACCAAGGACAUCACCAUCCUGGAGGCCGAUUGCCAACUGUUGGGACUUCUAUCCACGCCCACCCGCCAGUCGACGGCCAAAACAGCGCCCAAAAUCGAAGAUAUCCUAUAAAAUGCUUUAUUAAAACAAGGUCUGUUAAAUGUUA